AUGGCCAAGGCUCGUCUGGACGACCACUUCCGUGAAGAACUCAAGGCCAUCGAGCAGUGGUUCAGUGUCCUCACGGACCCCGAGCGGACUACUGCUCUUUACAGUCUCCUGCAGCACACCACCCCUGUCCAGAUCCGGUUUUUCAUGACCGUCCUGCAGCAACUGGCUCAAAAGGAUCCGAUGGUUGCU